AUGGUGCAACUUGCAAUUCCUUCCUUUUCUUCUUCUUUUUUUUCUUUUUCAUAUUCCUCCUCUCUCAUUUGUUCUUCACCUUUUCCUUGUCUCAUACCUGUCUUUUCUUUUCCUUUCUCUUCUUUUCCCUUUUCUUCCGCUUCCUUUUCCAGCUCUCUCUUCUUUCGUAUCUUUCCCCCUUUUCAUCUUGCUCAUCUUCUAAAAUCCCUUCACAUUUCAUUAUUUUCUUUUCCGUAUUUUCUAUUUCGAUUUCAGUUUCUAGUUAUUCUUUUCUUUCUUUUCAUUUUGUCUUUCUCAUUCGCUAAUCUUUUCCCGUCUUCCUUUCUUCUUCUCAAUUUCCUUAUCUUUUUCUUUCUUCUUCCUUCCAUUUUUUCUCUUUUUUUUUCUUUUUCCUCCUCUUUCACAUCUAUUAUUUCUCUUUCACUUUCCUUCUGCUCUCUCUCUCUCCGCCUUAUUUCAUUUUCAUCUUUCGCCUUUCUUUUCGUUCUUUUUUCUCCUCUAUUUCUUUAUCUGGUUCUUUUCUCAUUUUCUUCUUUCCCCUUGUUCUCAUUGUAUAUUACUCAUCAUUAUUCUUUCUCGUCACUCUUUUCGCUAUCGUUAUCUUUCUCUGAAUUUUUUUCUUCAUUCUUUUCGCUCUCUCUAUCUGCUUCUCUCUCUCUUUUUUUUAUUUCCUUCUCCGCUUUUUCUUUUCUAUCCUCGUUCUUGUAUCAUUUUCUUUCUUUCCCCCUUUUUUCUCUUCUUUUUAUUCUGUCGCUUUUCUUAUUCCUUUUUCCUUUCAUUCCUGUUGACCGUCCAUUCUUUCCUUGUUUCUCAUUACGGAUCUUUUUCCUCUCUCAAUCUCGUCACCUUUCUUGCUUUUCUUUACACAUCUCUCUCAUAUUUUUCCUCUUCAUUUUUUUUCUCUUUGCCAUUUUGGUUCUUCCUCUUCCUCAUCUUAUACUUCCGUAA